AUGUCCGAUGAGAAAAUAAAGCAGAAGGUAGCUGUGAUAGGGGCGGGUGUAGCAGGACUCUGUUCACUGAAGCACCUAUGUGAUCAUCUGAACAUCUUCGAACCUGUAGCAUUUGAACGUAAUUUUUGGCCUUGUGGAUUAUGGAACUAUACAGAUCAGACCAACAAAGACGAUUUUGGACUUCCCAUUCACUCUGCUCUAUAUAAAAAUUUAAGAAUAAAUCUCCCAAAGGAAUUACAAGAGUUUCCAGACUUCCCCUAUCCAAAGGAAUGGACGACAUCCUACAUUUCACGUCAACAAUGCCUUCUUUACCUUAAUAUGUUCACAGAUUACUACAACCUUCGACCAUAUAUACGGACCCAUACCUUUGUUCGAGAUGUAAGGCCAUUAAAGGAAGACAAGGAGAACAGCCUUGUUAAAUGGUUGGUGACUUUUUCCCCAGUCAACAAGCUAUCCGAGGUCAAAACGGAAGUGUUCGAUUCUGUUCUUGUCUGUAAUGGACAUGACAGCGAAACUUACAGUCCAAAUAUUCCAGGAAUGGAGUUAUUUGAGGGAAGAAUAAUACAUAGCAAGGAAUUUAGACACGAGGAACACUUUGAAGGUCUUCGUGUUGCAAUCCUGGGUUGUAGCUUCUCAGGAGAAGACAUUUCAAUGCAUGUAGCAAAGUUUGCAAAAAAGGUAUUUGUAUGCCACAGACGGGAUCAAAAAGCCUUCCCACCGUCUUUCCCGAAAGAAAUAGAGCAAAGGCCUCCUUUUGUCCGCUUGAAUAAAGAUUCCGUGGUGUUUCCAGAUGGAACCUCUGAAAAGGUAGAUGCCAUCAUAUUCUGCACUGGAUAUCGGUACUCAUUUCCUUUCUUAAAAGAUGACAUCAUAACCAUGAAAGAUGAACGCAUCCAGCCAAUAUAUAAACAUAUGUUUCAUAUAGAAUAUCCAAACCUGAUUUUUAUCGGAAUUGCCCGGAUGUUUUCAUACUUUCCUAUGUUCCAUGAAAUGGCAAAACUUGCAGUUUUGGCGUUAGCGGGAAAAGUCAAAUUUCCGUCACAAGAAGAAAUGAAGGCAGAGGAUGAAGCUGAUUUCCAGUUGCGAUUGAAGAAAGGAUAUCCACCGUCAUUUGCACAUAGCUUCGGGGAUUGCGAUUUUCGGCGACAAUUUCGGUACAACAAAGAACUUGCAAAAUUAGGGGGCUUUGAUCCACUCCCGCUUGUUUUUGAGAUGCUCUUUCUGGACAUCGCAGAUGAAAGACACAUGAAUCUUCAACACUGUAACGAGAUUAGUUAUCGGGUUACUGGACCUAAAUCUUACGUUUGCUUAAACCCGGAAAAGGUUAAAUCAAGGGAAUCAAAGGCAGAAAACAUUUUUAAAGAUUGAUGAAGCGAUCAUUAUUUUCAAGAAUAUCAUCCAUGGUUCAUCUCAUUUAAUCUAGAAUUUUUAAUCAAUUAUAUAUGUCAUCUUAAUAUUUUUAUUUUGCAUUGCUUGA